GGGGAUCCAGCCGCCAGCAAAAUUUGUGCCUUGUUGACAAGACUGAAGAGCUUUUUUUUUUUUUCUUAUUGUGUCUCUCGUCGCAAGAUCAGAUCCGUGGAGAAGGUUAGACGGGUUGAACCCCGUUCGCGUGGCGUUAAUCGCUGGUGGCCUCCACUGCUCGGUACAACGCCCCUCUCUUUUUGCGUCACUGGGAUUCAUUCACUGCAAGCACACUUGAAUGCUACCUAGCUCAUGUGUCGGUCGCUUCGUCAUUCAAAGUUGACGGGUACGCCCCACGUAUACCGGGUCUGCACAGCCUAGAACCCUGCUUUACCUUCCAUUCAAACUUGGGCGAGAUUCAUCUACAGCACUAAAUUUCCUUUUGUGCACUGCGCUGGCGGUUUUUUUUGUUCUUUUCACUCACAACUGCAACAACAUAAAAAAAUUCGCCUGUUGUAACGACAAUCGCGCCGUGCAGUCCGGAGUCUUAAUCAUGGACAACGAACGAGUGAAGAGGAAGGAUACAACCAAGGGGCCUCCCCUCCGCAUACUAUCAUUAGAUGGCGGAGGAGUUCGAGGCUACUCAAUAUUCGUCAUCAUACAGGAAAUAAUGCAUCGAACCUUUGUCGAGAUUGAAGGCCGCGCGCCCCGUCGUUCCGAAAUCCCUAAACCUGCCGAUCACUUUGACCUCAUCGUCGGCACGGGCACGGGCGGCCUGGUGGCGCUGAUGCUCGGCCGCCUGAGGCUGGACUUGGAAACGUGCAAGGAGCUGUACGUGCGCCUGACGCGCAUGGUCUUUGAGACGGACAAGACAAUACUCGGAAUACCAACCAGGAGCACAUUAUUCAAAGCAUCCAUGCUGGAGCUGGCUAUAAAGGAGGCGGUUAGGGAACAUACCGUCGAUGAGUUCGAAGGCAACGAUGGAUCCGAUUCCCCGGCCAGUAUAGCUAGCAUGGCAUCUCGAAAUAGGCUGUCGCACGCGGGCAGCUAUCCGCGAAGACACGCCAGCAACGCAAGUGUAGUCAGUUUCAGCCACAGAAGCCCAACAAGUCAGUUUGCACGCCCAGCGCAUGGGCUGAGGGGAGGCGACCCAGAUGCGAGCCUUUACGAUGCCAGGGAAAACAGGACAAAAACGGUUGUAACGGCGGUAUACAGAGGAACCCCAAAGGGAGGCGAGCCGGCACUAUUACGAUCGUAUGACUCGAGAAAGGAGCCUGCACCGGAAUAUGACUGCAAAAUUUGGGAGGCAGGGAGAGCGACGUGCGCUAUUGGCCUUGCGUUCAAGCCUAUCAAGGUUGGGCAGUCCGUAUUUCACGACGAUGGCGCUGGAAACUUCAACCCUGCGGUUCAGGCUCUGGACGAAGCCGUUGUCAACGAAUGGCCGGGUCGCGACGUUGGAGUUUUCAUUAGUGUGGGAACAGGGAGGAGGCCGAAAAGCAGUGAUGCGAACCAAUCACUGUGGUACGAAGGGUUCUUGGGCGAGUUCGCAGACGCACGAAAGAGAUUGAUUGCAAAGAUCGAGGGCUGCGAAACGAUUCACCAGUACGUCAAGCGGGAGCACCUGCUCAAGCGUGGGGUCAACGUCGAGAACUAUUACCGUCUGAAUGUAGAGAUGGGCGUUGGUGAGUUUGGAAUGAACGAGUGGAAUCGCCUGGCCGAUAUUAGCACCAGCACGCGGCAGUAUCUACGACGGCCCGAGGAAAGCGCAAUGGUUCAGGGAUCUGCGGCAAAGCUAGCCAAGAUAUACCGGGCAAAGAUGCGCCAUGAUCGGAUGAGCGCGAUUCCCGACGUUGCGGUCCACACCACUUCGGACUCCUCCCUGCCGACGUUUGCGGUCGAGCUGCCUGGUGAUAUGCCAACAUUUCCGAUCAAACCACAGAACACGACGCCGUCCAGCAGACAAUCUUAUGAUUCCGGGCCCGAUAGCCUCGGUAUGCCUGCGUCGGCAUUAUCGCCACGUAGCUCGGGUGGAAGCCUGGCGGGUGAACGUCCUCUUCCUCCUCCACCUCCAGCCCCUGUUAAUGCAGCUCAACCAUCGUAUACGCGCCCAUCAGUAAGCUCGCCACCUUCAAGACCUACACAUAACCCAACCGCAUCGACAGUUUCUGCCACAACAGUCUCCAGUAUGGGGACGAGCGACGAUGACCUUCUCCCGGCAGCACUCACGCCGGCACAGUGGAGGAACGCCUCCGGACAGGACAAGAUUUCGAUUGUUGGGCAGGAUGAACAGCCGAGACGUGGAGUCGGUCCACCACCUCUGCCUCCUAAAACUCCCAUACCAGAAAACCACGCUGUGGGUGGAGGUAGGUGGCCACCUACUAAUGGCAAGGUGCCUCCAUACCCCAUGGACGACGAGCCCCCUCCUGCCGUGAACAUGGCUAUGAAACCUCGAGUAUGAAUGAUUGAGGAGGGGGGUUUUUUUUUUCUCUCAUUUUUCUUUUCUUCAUUGAACCUGUAAAUUCAGCCAGCAGUUUCCUCACAUUGGCCUUGUUUUUUUCUUCUUUUUUUUCCUUGUUUUUCCGGCUCAGUUUAAAUUGUCAUUUCACAUUGGCUUUUGCAGGAUACCAAAUUUUAGUUUCAGCCAUUUUCUAGCUUAUUUCAAUUCCUAAUCUUGCCAGUCGCCUGCCUUGCAUCAUUCCCUGCGCCUAGAGAUUCUUUUACUUGUCAAUGCUUCUUUGAAACUUUCACGUAUACCAACCACUCGUCAUUAUUUACACAUCAUGCGCACCUCUCAAUAAGCUGUUGAAUUAUCCACCAGCGGCACAAGGUACAUGGCAGUACCUACCUACAUACCUAAUUUCAU